GUGCGUAUGUCAAGAUGGCGGACGCUGCUUUGGCCAACACGAGCGUGGUCAUCCAGUACCGAGACUCGCUCAGCAAAGCAGUGGUCAAGAAUGUGGUGGUGCUCGCCAUCGGGCUGUCAAUCAACUACAUCAACGUCAGCCUCAUGUACACCUUCUGCAAGCACCAGAUCUUCUACACCAACCCUCGCUACAUCCUGUUCUUCCACUUGGUUGUGAACGACAUGAUCCAGAUGAGCGUGAGCGUCAUCCUCUUCGUGAUCAGCUACACCCUCCACAAGAUCAGCGUGUCCGUGUGCGCCCCCCUCAUCCUGAUAGCCAUCACCACCACCGAGAACACGCCCCUCAACCUGGCGUGCAUGGCGGCCGAGUGCUACGUGUCCGUGUGUCUUCCGCUUCACCACGCCCGCAUCUGCACCGUCAGGAGGACUCUGCUCCUCAUCGCCUUGAUCUGGACCGCCAGCCUCAUCUCCACCCUGCCGGAUCUCUUCGUCACGCUGGACACCGAGCCUAUCGAGUUCUUCUCCUCCAGAAUCUUCUGCCUCCGAGAGACCGCCUUUCCCAAUCCGAUGCUGAUCCAGAAGCGGGACAUCACCUACAUUGUAUACUUGGUCCUCGUGUGGUUGGUCAUCUUCUUCCUGUACUUCAAGAUCCUGUUCACGGCCCAAACGGCCAACAAGGACACCAAGAAGGCUCGUAAAACCAUCGCCCUGCACGGCGUUCAGGUUCUGCUGUGUAUGACCAUGUACGGCGUGGCUCUGGUCAAGAUGGCUCUGCACCGCUGGUUCCCCAAGAACUACUCGGACUUGCUGUUUGCCUGCUACAUCGUGGUGCAGAUGCUGCCCCGCUCCAUCAGCCCCAUUAUAUACGGCGUGAGGGACAAGUGCUUCAGGAAGUACCUCAAACACUGCCUCAGUUGCAAGAGCAUCCCUCAGUGACUUCUGACUCAGAAAUUGAAACAACAUCAAACACUCCGACAGAGAGAC